CUGCCGGAGAGAUAGGUAUUCUUUCCACUGAACCGUCGCUUGUGCAACUGCCAACUGUACUCCGCCACGAUGCCAGAUCUUCGGGAAAAAGUUGCAUUCAUCACUGGUGCGUCUUCUGGCAUCGGCGAAGCCACCGCUUUGCACUUCGCCACACUUGGGUGUUCUCUUUCCCUCACAGCGAGGGACACUGAUGCUUUGGAGAGAGUGGCUGCGCAGUGCAAGUCAAACGGAGUGGAAGUGCUGGUAAAGACGGCUGACAUUCGUAAUACAGAGGAAGUGUCGGCCAUUAUUAAAGAAACAGCUGAACACUUUGGAAAGAUUGAUAUCGUGGUUAACUGCGCUGGCUCAGCGAGAAUCGGCUUCGUCGGCAAAAUUUCGCUCGAGGACUUUGACGAUGAAAUUAACAUAAAUCUGCGGGCCGUCUUGCACAUAACUCAGGAUGUUUUGCCACAUCUCAUGAAGACAAAAGGAAAUAUAGUCAACGUCUCAAGCAUCGGAUCAAUGAGGCCAGUACCUACAGUUCCGCUGUCUGGCAUCAGCAAAGCCGGUGUGGACAAGUUGACAAAGAUUUCCGCACUGGAAUAUGCCCGGUAUGGCAUUCGUGUCAACUCAAUCAACCCUGGCCCGAUCGAAACCAAAAUGGUGUUCAGAAAGAAAAUGAGCCCCGAGAUAAAGACAAUGGUCCGACGCGCGAUGGAAGCAUCGACUGUGAUGGGGCGCCUUGGAACCGUCGAGGAAGCAGCCCGUGCCAUCGCUUUUCUGGCUUCGGACGAUGCCUCCUUCAUCACAGGCCACUCACUGCCCGUUGACGGCGGUAGUCUCCUAAUCGGAACCCUAAAUACAAAUGAUCUGGUGCCAGCUCACAAAAUGUAAAUGCCUCUCCAGUGAAAUUCGCAGCUCAAGAGCAGCAUUCUUUGCAUUGCCUUCGUGUGCUGAGUAAUAAAGUUUGCUCCCAUUUA